AUGGUGAUGAUCUCUCCCCUCCACAGGGUGAUCGACGGUCGCCGGUGGGACGCCGAGCGCCUCCUCGGCCGCCUCAUCGUCGUCGUCCACGCCGCGUUCCUCGACGCCGGCUUCGUGCCCUUGGGCGCCCACGGAUCCCGGCGAUCCCGAAGGCCUGGUGGUAGCACGGUUCCGAAGCAGGCGGGCAGGACAGCGUCGGCUCUCUCGCUCCGGUACGGCGCACCGCAGCUGCCGCACCACCGGCAGGGCUCGGAGGCCGCCGCCGUGCUGAGGAUGCUGGCGCACGGGCGGAGGCACCUCGUCCUCUACGUCAAGUGCGACCCGUGGCCGGUGGAGCGCUGCGUGCUGGUCGACGCGCUCGCUGCCGCGCCGCUCCUGACGGGCGGCCUGGACGGCACGGCGCGCGCCCUGAGGAGGGACGCGAGGCUGGCGGGGCUCUGGCGGCGGCUCUCCGACGACCUGUGCCGCGGCGCCCUCGUCGACAUGUGCCGCAGGAGCGGCGUCGCUCUGGAGCCCACGUUCAUGUCGCUCCCCGGCGACGCCAAGGCGGCGGUCCUGGCGCGGCUCGCGAGCGGCGCGGACCUCGCGAGCGUCGAGCGCGUGUGCACGGGGCUGAGACGCCUCGUCGCCGAGCGUGACCGCCAGCUCUGGAAGCCCAGGUACGACGCGCUCGCGCUGCGCGCCGCGUCCUGA